GCAAAAGGUCGUAAAUUUCAGUCCAGUAGGUAAAGUAAAAGUACAUUGCUUCCGUAAAUGCUGAUUGUAGAUGUCCGACAUGCGAGAGAGACUGGUUCAAAGAGAGGUGGGUUCUGCGACAUCCGGCUUGAACCUCAGCCGCGCCAGGAGCACCGUCUUCCACGGAUCGCCGGUGUCCGAUAUCUUGCACGCCGAGAGCGGUGUCCCGUGGAUGGGCUCGUGGUAGGCGGGCCCGGCGAGCUCCGUCUCCGCGUCCGUCGUGAAGCUGCCCCACGGCUGGCCGUUCUUCGGCGUCGCAAAGACAUUGAAGUGCGCCUGGCCGUCGGGGUGGUUGUGCGACACGAACAGCGCGUGGUCCGGCGAGUCCAGCGUCCCGAUGACCAGGAACAGAUCCUCCUUCUGGAUGCCGUGCUCGGGCCGCACGUGCUGCAGAAUGGUGUCGGCGUUCGACUUGAACCAUUUCUUCGGUGCGUCGAGGUUCUCGAUGUACCGAUACGUCGUCGUCUCCGUGCACAGAUAUGCACUCUUGUGUCCCGUGCGCAGCGGAUAGCCGUAGCGGCGGUUGAUGGUCCGGCUCACGGGCAGAUCGCCCGGCGUAGACUUGGAUUUGAACGUGAGGAAGCCGGCGAUGGCAUCCAACCCUCGCUGCGCAGCGGUCCGCUUGUCCUGGCGCUGGUUUCCGGUCGUGACUCGCCCAUAUCCGUAGACGGAGGGCAGGUUCAUGUCCGCAUGCUUGCCUUUGUCGGGAUAGAAACAGUUCAACAACGUCACGAAGGAUCCACUGGGCUUGGCCAGAUAGCCGACGGCCCCCACAGCGACCGAAGAGGGCGACCACAGCGGGAGUGUCACUGCGAGAGUGAGCUUUGCACGAAACGAGGAGCACGCGUUACUUACAUGAAGGAUGGAACUCGUGCGUC